UAAGGCCUUGGCUUUCAAAAUUUUUCUUCUUGAAGGAAAAAAAAGAAAAAGAAAAUAAAAACUGUCUUAUUUGGCUCUCGAAUCCCUCCCAUUUUCCGCCAUGGAAGCACCUUGAGAAACCCUAACUGGAUCCCUUUCACGUUCUUCGCUAAGCUCAAGCAAACGGCAAAUGGGUUCUCUUGUGCCUUUCCAAGACCUCAAUCUCUGCCCGGAACCACCGCUACCAGCCACCGUGAACAUCUCCACCUCCGCCACACCUAGCGCCACCAUCAACAGGACAACCACCUUCAAUUUCUUAACACCGAAGAUUGAACCUAAGCAAGAGCCUUUCGACGAACCAACACCAACACAGACUAUUCACCAACAAGAAAACUUUCUCUUCUCUGUUUCCAAUUCUACCCCUGAUUUCAUCCCUAAUCCCGAAACUACCCCUCCGGCUAACGCUUCCUCUUCAGCCGAUGACCAAAACGCUCUCUACUCCGAAUAUUUCCGAAUCUCCGAGCUUUUCCGCUCUGCUUUUGCUAAAAGGAUACAAAAAUACGGCGAUGUCGAAGUACUUGACCCGGAUUCUCGGGCCAUCGUACCCGUACCCGAACAGUCUCAACUAACCCCCGAAACUAGCCCAACCGACGGUUCCAACCUGGAACGAGCUUUAUCCGUCGUCGUUUCGCGUAAGAAGGCGGGAAGAUCCAAUGAGCUGGUUCGGGUUACGAAUUUGGGAAUCGAUGACCAGAGGCAUUUUCGUGACCUUGUUCGAAGAACCCGAAUGAUGUACGAUUCCCUCCGCGUUUUAGUCAUUUCGGAGGAAGAAAAGAGAACCGGACCGGGAAACGGUCGACGGGCUCGCGGAGAUUUGAGGGCAGCUGCCGUCAUGAGGGAUCGAGAACUGUGGUUGAAUCGCGAUAAAAGGAUAGUGGGUGCAAUCCCAGGUAUUGAAAUUGGUGAUGUAUUCUUCUUUAGAAUGGAGCUUUGUGUGGUGGGGUUACAUGGACAAAUUCAAGCUGGGAUUGAUACAUUGCCUGCUAGCCAAAGCUCGAGCGGAGAGCCAAUUGCAACUAGCAUUAUUAUUUCCGGUGGGUACGAGGAUGAUGAAGAUUCCGGUGACUCGAUAAUAUAUACCGGCCAAGGUGGGCAAGAUAAAUUUGGAAAGCAAUGUAUGCAUCAGAAGCUUGAAGGAGGGAAUUUGGCACUAGAAAGGAGUAUGCAUUAUGGGAUUGAGGUAAGAGUGAUUAGAGGGUUUAAAUAUGAGAAUCGAGUUUCGGGCAAAGUGUAUGUUUAUGACGGUUUAUAUAAGAUUCUUGAUUGUUGGUUUGAUGUGGGAAAGUCAGGGUUUGGGGUUUACAAGUUUAGGUUGUCGAGAAUUGAAGGGCAACCUGAGAUGGGUAGUUCGAUAAUGAAGUUUGCUGAGAGUCUUAGGACUAAGCCUUUGUCUACUAGGCCAAUGGGGUAUUUGACUCUUGAUAUUUCCAUGAAAAAGGAGAGAGUUCCGAUCUUUCUUUAUAAUGAUAUUGAUAAUGAUCAUGAUCCUAUGUAUUAUGAUUACCUUGUGAACACUGUGUUCCCUCUUAAUGUAUUUGGUCAAGGGAGUAAUAGUACUGGAUGUGAUUGUGUUUCGGGGUGCACGGAAGGGUGUUUCUGUGCUAUGAAGAAUGGGGGUGAUUUUGCUUAUGAUUAUGGUGGAAUUCUCUUGAGAGGGAAACCGGUGAUAUUUGAAUGUGGAAACUUCUGUCAAUGCCCACCAUCUUGUCGGAACCGUGUUGCACAACAUGGGCUUAGAAACAGAUUGGAAAUAUUUAGGUCAAGGGAAACGGGUUGGGGAGUGAGGUCCUUGGACUUGAUACAAGCAGGUGCUUUUAUAUGUGAAUAUGCAGGGGUUGUUCUCACAAGGGACCAAGCGGAAGUUUUCAAGAUGAACGGUGAUACUUUGAUUUACCCCAAUCGUUUUUCUGAACGAUGGGCCGAAUGGGGGGAUUUGUCUAGGAUAUUUCCAGAGUACGUGUGUCCAUCAUAUCCCUCAAUCCCACCUUUGGAUUUUGCAAUGGAUGUAUCAAGGAUGAGGAAUGCUGCUUGUUAUAUUAGCCAUAGUUCCAGUCCGAAUGUGCUGGUGCAGUGUGUGUUGUAUGAUCACAACAACUUGAUGUUCCCUCACCUUAUGCUUUUUGCAAUGGAGAAUAUCCCUCCUAUGAGAGAGCUUAGCAUAGAUUAUGGUGUAGCCGACGAAUGGACUGGGAAGCUUUCUAUCUGUAACUAAAUAUCUUAAGAGGAAUAUUUUGGAUUUUGAUGUGGUGCAGCCGGGCAGUGAGACAUGAUAAACUGAGUCUAGUUGCCUGCCAUGCCUGUUUGUAGGAGCUAGGAAUGUUAUUCCUUUGUGCAACUUCAUGGUGUAUACCUCAAGUAGUCAGCCAUAUGCAGGAGGAUGGAACAUUUGGCACUUAUAGUUCUAAAUGAAUGCAGUUGCUUAUCUCCUAAGUGCAUGUUUUGUUCUCCAGAGCAAUGUGGGAAUUGGACAAUGCCAUCUAAAACUGUUUGUUGUAGCCGUAUUAUCAUAGUAAGUUCGUUCUUUAUGCCUAGUUAUUCAAUGAAUUUCUUAAGAUUUGGAUCGGAAAAAAAAAUCUAAAACAUUUUUUUUCUCUUCCCCUCAUCUGGUUCCUUGAAAAUUGUGUCUCAAUCAUGAUUUUGCCUUUGUGCUACCAUGACUUACGUAUUUUCUAGCAUUAGGUCAGUCCCUAUCGAUGGUUAUAAAAUAUGGAAAUCAAUGAAAGAAACUUUUGGGAGGUUAUGGUUGCUACUACAAUAUGUUGCUGACAAUGGUUUUACAAUCUUUCUAUUUCUGGACGUUUUUCAACAUGCUUUUCUACGACCCGAAAAUAGUCGCCUUCCUUGUGCUUUUGUAACAACGAAAAUAGUCAUUAGCCUUGUGCUUUUGUAAGAUUGUACUCGUAAACUAUAAACUCCAAAUUUUUUAUUUUUCGUUUUUAAAAAUUUUCCCUUUACCCAUUUGUACUUAUGAGGGUCCAGAACAUGGACACGUUUGUACAGGCAUUGUAUUGGUGUGUUUGUAGUUGAAAUCUCCAAUGUUUCUUUCGUUUCUAAAA